AUGUUGUUGUUUAAACAUUAUGACUGGUAUAUAAACCAGCCGCACUGCAGUCCAGAGCACACUUCAGCAGUCGAUAGCAGCCGCCUACUGCCGCCAACCGCCACCAUGAAGUUCGCCCUCGCUCUCCUCGCCGUCGUAGGCUUAUCCGAAGCCGGCUGCCCAUAUCCACCGAGCAGGUGGCAGCCGCAUCCGUGGGGGGCUCCUCUAUUUCAUUUACCUUUACCAGUACUGCCUCCAGCUCCAGCUCCAUGCCCUCAUCAUCAUCAAUUCCCCGCCCCAGCUCCAACAGCGGCCGCACCUAACCAACUGCCUUGUCUUUCGAAGCUCCAGAGCUUGCUGAGCGCACUCGGAGCAGGUUCGACGACUGCUGCUCCAGUGGCAGUGACUUCUACCACUCAGGCUCCAACUGCUGGAACACCGUCUCUUGCUGAAUUACAAGCUCUAUUGAACGCAUUGGGAAUAUCACUUCCAGCAGUCACUACCCAGGCUCCAGCAGUCACUACCCAGGCUCCAGCAGUCACAACACAACCUCCAGUUACAGUAGCUCCUACAACUGCUGCAUCAGCUGGAACACCCACCGAUGAUCAAAUACAGGCUUUUUUGAAUGCAUUGGGAUAA